GGCGAAGGCGAAACAUUUUAGUGUUUUCCUUCGAGAAUGAGAAAAAAGACUGUAGGCAAACGUAAACCGUCGUCAUUCCCACCUGUGACUGUUCCUUCCUUCUCCGCCAUUCCGCUCCUUUGGGCAUCUCCCGAACCUGGACCCGAACCUGGAACCGAACCCGUGGAUUUGUUGGACAAGAGCAUAUGCAUAUGUUGCGAUAAUAAAGGAGAAGGCGAGGAGGGAGUUCUGGUUUGCCACGAAAGUGGCUGCCCCAUCAGCGUCCACGCCAACUGCAUCGGUUCCGAACCUAAAUUCGACGGUUCGGGUAACUUCUACUGCCCCUACUGCUGGUACAAGCGCGCCGUCGACACGUGUCAACAGCUCAGGGAGAAGGCCCUCGCCGCGAAGAAAGCCUUGUCACGCUUCUUAGACACCGACGCACGUGCGGAUUCCGCUGGCGCACGUGCGGGCGCGGCGCAGGAUGCGGAAUCGGAAUCGGAAUCCGAAGAGAAUAAAGACGGAGAUGAGAGCAAGGUGUCUCUGAAUGCGUCGCGUUGUUCUGUGAGUGAGACCAAUGAUUCGGAAUCCAAUGUGGAAUCAGUGACAGUGAGGAAAAGGAAGGAUGCUUCUGCGAAGAACUCGUUGUUUCAACAAGAGCAUGAGCAUGAGCAUGAGCAUGAGCAUGAGCAUGAGCAUGAGCAUGAGCAUUGUAACGCUGAAGGGAAAAUUGCUCGUGACGUAAACGAGGAGGAGGUUACGAGCUUCCGAAGUUUGAGGAAACUUCAGAGGUCACCGGGGAAAAUGAUGAAGCGGUUUUCACUGACCGGAAAACGUAAGAGAUUAUUUUGGACAAAUGAAGAAGAGAGAGUUCUCAAGGCAGGAGUAUUAAAGUUCUCAACAGAAAAUCAGAAGAUCCCUUGGAAGAAAAUUUUGGAAUUUGGUUGUGGUGUAUUUGACAAGACUCGUACUCCUAUUGAUCUCAAGGAUAAAUGGAAGAACAUUAUCUCCAAGAAAGGUUGAAACAAGUUCAUGGAGAUCCUUCUUUGCAACUGUCUAACUGUGGAAACCUGGGUUUCUUACCAAAAAUCAAUGUUUUGUUGCUUUGGAAAAAGUGGCGCAAGGAUAGAAGGUGCAAAAUUAAAUUUGUAACAUAUGCAGGUAUUGUAUUGAGUAAGUACUACGUAUAAUUGCUGGUGCUUAAAUAUAUAUUUUCUGGACGAA